GUUGAUUGAAGCUGGGAUGAUAGACGCCUGUGAAAUGCUUACCUCCCGUGCAUGAGAACCUGAGUUGGAGACUCAGAACCCACAUAAAAAACCAGUGUGUCGUGCACCUGUAACCUACCUCAGUGCCAGGAAACAGAUUGUCUGGUCCCUGGAGCAGUUCUCGCUGAAUCUAUGCGCUACAGGCUCCAAUGAAAGACCCUGUCUAAUUCAUAUGCAUAGGACCCAGGAGACGAUGAGCACCUCCAGGCUUUAUACCCUCGUGCUGGUGCUGCAGCCUCAGCGAGUUCUCCUGGGCAUGAAGAAGAGGGGCUUUGGUGCCGGCCGCUGGAAUGGCUUUGGGGGCAAGGUGCAGGAAGGAGAGACCAUUGAGGACGGGGCUAAGAGGGAGCUUCUGGAAGAAAGCGGUCUGAGCGUGGAUACACUGCACAAGGUGGGCCACAUCUCAUUUGAGUUUGUGGGUUCCCCUGAGCUGAUGGACGUGCAUAUCUUCUCUACUGACCACGUGCACGGGGCGCCCACAGAGAGCGAAGAAAUGCGCCCUCAGUGGUUCCAACUGGACCAGAUCCCCUUUGCCGACAUGUGGCCGGAUGACAGCUACUGGUUCCCGCUCCUGCUUCAGAAGAAGAAGUUCUGUGGGCACUUCAAGUUCCACGAUCAAGACACCAUCCUCGAGUACUCUCUGCGUGAGGUGAAUGGAUUCUGAUGCAGAGGUCUGGCUGGUUCUGGCGACUCAGGUUGCUGCACAGCCACAAGGUGUCAGUCCAAGCACAAACAGGACUGGUAUUUUCUGUUUGCAAGGUGUUGGGGUUGAAAUGUGAAAUGUCACCAAUACACUAAGAUGUUCGAA